AUGGUGAGGAACGAGGAGCAGAAGAAGAUCACACUCUACAUCGCCAAGAAUCAGAGCGAGAAGGGAUAUGGGCCUCUUGCCUAUGGAGACGAGCUAGGCGUUGCGGCAAACGAGAAUAAGGUCUUCGCAGAUGAGUUGGUUCGUUGCUUCAACACACUAGCCAAGGAGGGCUCAACUCACACCGAGCAUCCGGAUGUUUUCAAGACAAUGUGCAAAUUCAGCCAAUCCCGUCUCGAACAUUACAUCGGAAAGAUAAGUCAAGUUGAAGGGUCUUGCUCAGGUGGUGAAGUGGAUCAAGUACCUUGGUCGACACCUGCUGCUUAUGUCGAGUUCUGCGAGUUCUGCACAGACAAGAAGCAGAGCGGAUAUUCUUUCGAAUACCAAUUACUUCCGUCACAGGAGGAUGAAUGGCUUGGCGAAACUUACAUGCAGAAGAUCCAGUCAUGGAGUGGCGAUCUGAGCCUCAAUGAAGCGCAACUUGGGCGGAUGGAUGGAAUUGAUAUGGUUAUCAAGCAGAUAUCUCUCGGUUCCCUUGAGUCGUAUGCACAGACUUCAGCUCGAAUGACUCCGUCUUACCGACGUGCUACAAGAAGCGGUAACCCGGGCCAAGAUUUUGAAUCAGGGUUGUUCUCAGACAAUCCCAUCAAAGCACCAGGAAGACUUCACGCCGUGGCGGUGCCAGCUCUUCAUCUUCCUGCUGGCGAUUCUCUUCGAAAUUCACGGCAAGUGGAAGUCUUCGCCUAUGAAGAGGAUGGAUUGAAUGAGAUUGAAUCACUCGAGCAGUUUCACGAAAGACCCAUAAUGUUUGCCUUCCAGCUGAUCACGAAUCCCAAGUCACUCGGGUCCACUUUAAAAAUUAAACAAACUCUCUGGAAUCGAGAAGACAUCUGGGACGAGGAGCAAGGCGAGAGCGACUAUUACAUGAUGUUUUACCCGAUAGCCAAAUAUACGUUGGUCCCGGACCACUCAAUCGAACAUCCGAUGGACCCAAAUCCUCGCGUUUUAUCGAUCUAG